AAUUGGAAAAUCGAGAAUAAUGGUGGAAAACGCAAAUGGCGGCAGCGAUAUCAGCGACUUUGGUGUUCGCUGCAAGACGACGUCCUUUGGUCUGUAGUUUAUCAUCGUCUUCUUCGAAACCAAACACGAGAAAGCUUGUUCUUUACUCCAAACCUGGUUGUUGUCUCUGCGAUGGUCUUAAAGAGAAGGUUAACGCUGCUUUCUCUCUCUCCUCUGGUUCUGAUUCACUCAACGACGUUACUCUUCAGGUGAGGGAUAUCACUACGAAUCCCGAGUGGGAAAGAGCUUAUCAGUAUGAGAUACCGGUCUUGGCUAAAGAGAAUUUGGAUGGCAAAGAGGAAGUUUUGCCGAGGUUAUCUCCACGUUUAAGUGCGGAAAUCAUACAGAAGAAGCUACUUGCUGCCUUUAGUUGAUCAAUUACGUGCACGACAACGAAAAAAGGAGAAGAAAACGUAUGUAAGGUUGAACUCUUUUGUGUGCUACUCUCAUCUGCAAGAACCGUGUUUUUGCUUCAUACUUUCUUUUCUUUUUCCUUUACAAGUCAGUGGAAAUAUAAUUGCUUUAUAAACGGUCGAUGCUGAUUUGCUUCUUACCAUACUUUUUCUAGUUCUAUACUCUAAGAAAGCUAUUGUUGCAUU